CCAAUCAAAAGUUAAAACCCGCCCCAUCGCGCUUCAGCUGCGCUCCUAUUGGAGGGUAAAAAAUAAGGAACUAAUUUGAAAAUCAGGCUUACAGCUGUCAGCAGCUGCGGAUAUGCCUAGAUUAAGGGGCCUCGGCGAUGCCUUUCUGUGGCGGAGGAAGAGAAAGGGCAGCAGUCGACGCUGGGCCAUAAAGAGCAAGAAGCCACUUGGGACUCCUGCCAUACCAACGGCCCCUGUUCCAGACAACAAAACAAAGGUGGACACUAUGGAGGAGACGAGUGUUCAAACCACUAAACAGCUGUCUUUAACACUAAGCAUUGGAGCUCUGUUUUUUGCAUUUGGAAAUGUUGUGCAAAAAUGUGGAAAGACAAUUAAUCAAACCUGUUUUGGACUCCUGAAUGUCUUCUUUUUCUGGAGAGGCUAUUCAGAAAGAUUGGAGUCCCUUCACCAAAAAGUAGAGGAGCUGCAAAGGGAAAUGGCACUAUUGCAUUCCAAUUUGAAGCUGUAUCGAGAAGCCAAGACUGCAGGCGGUCAGUGUGAAAUUCCUGAUGGUAUUCAGCACUCUACACCUCCGCCUGUCUCCCUUCCACCUCCUCCUCCACCUCCUCCUCCUCCUCUUCCUCCUCCUCAAAUUCUGUUGACACUUGCUGCUCCGAAAGUGGCCACAGUUCCCCUAAAAACUGCUAAAACUACCUCUGUGAAGGAGAAGAAAAAUGGGCCUGUUGCUUUGACUCUUCAAGAUCUUCAAGCAGUACGACUAAGAAAAGUGACUGUAGGCCAAAAAACUGAGGUGUCUCCAGCGAGAAGAUCACCACUGGUCACACUUGCAGACUUGCAGAAAGUCUGCUUGCGACGCUCUAAUUCUGACCUCCCCUUAAAGUCUAGAUCAAACCUUGGCAGGACACCAACCAAAAAUCCCUUGAAUCUUGGGGUACGACUUCGAAAAGUCAACUUAAUGAGGAGUCCUGGUGGCACACCGCUUUUUAACAAAGAGAAUGUGAUGAAUUCAAGCCUGGAUCCAAACAUGGCCAGAGGGUUAGGAAACAAGUACCUGAGUGCUUUAACAAAAGAACUAUCACCACUCAAGGCUGUGUAAACAAAGAAAAUGACUGUUUAUUGCACAUUGUGUUUUGGCUUAUUUUUAGAUGCAUGUUGUGACACUGCUAAUAGCUUUGGCUCCUAUACUAUCAUGUUACUGUAGUAACUAUUUUAGUGAAAGGACUGUGUUUUGAUGUUACUUGCUGCUUUAUUUUAUAUACUUGUUGCAUGUGAAUUGUGCUUCUUGAUCCUUUUAUAUCAGAACUGCCUUUUAAGACGUGGUAAUAACAAAUGCAGACUGUAUGAAAAUGAAAUGCACAUCAGCAUGUGGUCAAUAUGGUUAACUGUAUAAUUAGUAGAACUACAUAACUGAACGUGCAUUACUGAAUAUGACUGUGGAAUGUGCAAACUAACUCUGCUGUGAAAUAGUACUUGAUACAGUGUUGAAGUCUGUACAGGGGUGAGACGAGUCCGUUAUUGAUCUGUACAUUCAAUAAGCCAUUGAUAGCUUAGGUGUGUGUGGUAAAACAUAUAGCACAGUGACCAAUAAUAACUAGUCCUGUUAUUGUGGGACUCCGGAUGUGUUUUAUUUCCAGGUUUUACUGUAUGUUUACUGGUGAGCUUGAGGUCUAACACCCAAGUACAUUUUACUAUGUCUUAAUCUUUUAUUUUAAGGGUCUUUUGCAAUAUUUGUCUAAAACCACUUUUAUUUGUAUAUGUAAAAAAAAAUGCAUGGCAAACUUUUAAUAAAUAUUGGAUCUACAGGAAA